UCACAGAUAGACAAGUGCCAGGAAUGUUAGUCGAUCCCAGAUCGACUCGGUGCUUUGGUGGAAGAUGGCUCUCUCCAGAGGCUUGAGAUGCUGUCAGAGGGUUUUCUCCUGGAUACCUGUGCUCAUCAUAACCUCCGUGGUGCUGUGGUCUUACUACGCCUACGUGUUUGAGCUGUGUCUGUUUACACUCAUCAACACGUUAGAAAAAGUCAUCUACCUGCUGGUGUUUCAUGUCUGCUUCGUGAUGUUCUGCUGGACAUAUUGGAAGGCCAUUUUCACACCACCUGCUACACCAUGCAAAAAGUUUCAGCUGUCGUACUCGGACAAGCAAAGGUACGAGAUGGAGGAGAGGCCAGACGCCCAAAAACAAAUCCUGGUUGAAAUUGCAAAAAAACUGCCCAUCUUCACACGAGCACAAUCUGGAGCUAUCAGGUUCUGUGACCGCUGCCAGGUACUGAAGCCCGACCGCUGUCACCACUGCUCCGUGUGUGAAACGUGUGUGUUGAAGAUGGAUCACCACUGCCCCUGGGUGAACAACUGUGUGGGCUUCUCCAACUACAAGUUUUUCCUACUUUUCCUUUCCUACUCCAUGGUUUACUGUGUAUUCAUCGCAGCCACAGUCUUUCAGUAUUUCUUCAAAUAUUGGUCGGGAGAAUUGCCAAACAGGCCUGCAAAAUUUCAUGUGCUUUUCCUCAUGUUUGUGGCGCUCAUGUUUUUCGUCAGCCUCAUAUUCCUUUUUGGCUACCACUGCUGGUUGGUGGCCAAGAACCGAUCAACUUUAGAGGCCUUCUCUGCUCCAGUUUUUCUAAACGGCCCUGACAGAAACGGCUUUAAUGUUGGCAUAAGGAGAAAUUUACAGCAGGUAUUUGGCGAGGAUCGAAGACUGUGGUUUAUCCCGGUCUUCACAAGCCAAGGAAAUGGCCACUACUUCCCCUUGAAGGAUCGAAGUUCUGAGUCUCGAAACCUUUUAUUAUCCAAUGAGAACAUGUGGGAGGAGUCAGACGAAUGCUCUGAUGAAGGAAGCUUUGCUGAUGAUCAUGACCCCUCGGUUACCAUAGAGAUGGAGGAAUAAUGUUAAUGUGAAGAAAGGACCAAUGAACCUGGCACAGCGUGUGGAUAAACAGUAUAUUGUGUGCUGCUGCGUGUCACGUGGCCAAGCAUUCCAAUCAUGCUGAUGUUCACACCUACAGAAAAAAGGAGAAUCUGAAAGGGUCAAACCAGUGGGUGAUAACCUGCACUUGUACUGUAAACUAUGAACACUUGUACAAAAUGAAGACGAGGGGAGUUGAGGUGAGUGGACGACCAGCAGCAGCAGCUGCAGCCUUGGCUCUGAUUAUCUUAUCACAGAGCUUCACUGUGCUUCCUUUAUACUGUAUAUGCAGCCCUGCAUCUGAAAUGAACCGUUCACAGUGUUUAUAGUGUUUACAGUGUUGAUCUGUGCAGGCUGUCAUGUGACCUUGGUUCAGUUGUUGAAACUUCUGCCUCUUGUAUCAGCAUUGACCAUAUCAUUUAGUAUACACACACACACACACUUCUGUGUUUUGGGGGUGUACUUCCACCUAUUGUAUCCCUUGUUUUGUUUGUGCCAUUCAGGCAUCUGUGGAGAAGAACCUGUCUGUGCAGUUAGGAAGUCACUGACAGACCAGUGACAGUGAUCCAACUGAAGUUAACUUAUAUGUGUAGUUACUAGUUUGUAGCUACUCUUAAAUAACAGGUACUGUAUAUCAGUAUCACUGUUGUUAGUACCGUAUUUCAUGGAACUAAAGCCACACCUCAUAGUUAUGUUCUGAAAUGCAUACCACUGUAUAAGCACAUAUAUAUUUAUAUAUGUAUAUACAUGUUUGUGUACUGUAUACGUGUAUAUAUGUAUAUAUGUGCAUGUGUAUAUAUACAUAUAUGUAUAUAUGUUUACUGUACAGUCCUUAGCCGCAGAUCUGUGAAAUAUGAUGAAUGAUGUUGGCUAGACAUAGAAAUGUGGGGCUGGGUUAAGAUUUUAUUAUGACAUGAUUAUCUCAUAUACUGUAAGACUGUAACUAUUUGAAAAAAUAUAUCAUAUUUAUAAUGUUAUCUAAUCAUUUCUAGUCAGAUGUAUGUGCUGAUGUGAAAUCACUCUUAUUUUUAUCCUUUACAAAUAGAGACAACUGUAUAUACUGUAUAUGAAUAGAUGACUGAUCUUCAUCCACUGGUUGGCAGGUGUCAGUUAUCGUCUGUAAUACUUUCAUGUUUUUGUACUUCCUGUAUUUAUUAAUUUGAAACACUUUUAUUUACAUCCGCGGUGUCGGUUUAUGGUAUUCUGUAUUUGGUAGACUUUGCUUUAAGGCUUUCAUUAGUUUGAUUUGCAUAAAGAAAGAUACACAAUUUACAAAACAUUGAUU